UUGGCCGGGUAAAAUGGUUGGAAAAACUUUGCUACUGCUGGCCUGUGUGCUGCUCUUUGCUUUUGGUGGUGCCCACCAGGAACUGGAGAAUCUACUGCAGCAGCAGCAGGUGGACUUGCAGUUGUCCAGCGAUGAAGUUGCGGCACUGCGACCAUUAUACCUUGAAUUCCAGGCACAAUAUGACUAUUUGUACAGUCUGAAGCUCCAGAGCGGUGAUGGAAGUGACCAGAAUCCCGUUGAGGAGCAAGAAUUGGAUGGCAAUUACCUGCAGGCCUUUGAGGACAUUCGCACCAAGUAUGCCAUUUACCUGGAUGAGAAACCUCGCUUCGUUUAUGAUACCAAACUGCCCACCGUUGAGGAGAUCAUGGGAGAACCCAGUCCCGAUCUCAGCCCAGAUCAGAGGGCGGAAUUCGAGGAUCUCAGGGACAUAAUACAGGAUGUGAUUGAUGAAGCCCAGUUCGGAAUUGACGACAUGGUGGAAAGGGCCAUUCAAUUGGAAACUAAUUUGCUCAAGCUUAAUAAGCCAAAGAUUGUGACGGCUGCCAUUGCCGGAUUGGGAUACAUGUGGAACUACUGGGGCCGUGGAAGUCAGGCUGCCUACUGCAGCUACUCCCUAGUUCCGGAUUUCCAAAUAUCCCUGCAGGCCAUUAAUAAUGGCGUUGAUUGCUAUUCCCGCACCAUGGCCUUGGUCAUGCGCAUACAGAAUGAAACGGUGGCCGCCGUCAAAGAGAUUAAAAGUAAUAUUAGCAGCCUGGUGAAGAUAUACAAGAAGAUCGCAGCCAAACAAACAACUGUGGGAAAAAUCCUUUCGGGUACAGUGAAUGCCCUCAGUGCAAUCCGACGUGUUCAUGAUAUUAUCGCCGUUGGAAUCGAUGUUUACGGCAAAAUUAACAACCAACUGCCAGGAGAAGCUGUUCAAUCCGCGGAAUGCGGCGUGGUAUUCGUUAACAGCAUUCCCCAAAUGUUGGAAACGGUACAGAACCUGACCACAUGCAUAACCUACGUGAAUCCUGAUAAACCAGACUACGAGUUCACACAUCCGGAAGAAGAUCGCUACUGGAACACGGGUGCUGAACCUCCAGAGAUACCCCAUGAAAACGUGGUGGAUGAUGAUGACGAUGAUGAGGAUUACCCGGAACUGGACGACUAUGAGGAUCACAGAUAAGCAUACGGAAAUUCCACCGAAUUGAUAAGCGUUUUUUUGGCUUAUCAAGAUAAUAAGAUCCCAGAUAAUAUUUAACUCAGCAAUAGUUUCUAUUAGCAUUGAUCGUUUUGAUUAAAAGGAAGUUUAAAAAAAUGAAUGGCUUACGAAUCUUAUUUAAAAAAAAAAGUAAUACAAUUUUGGGAUAUUGAAAAAGAUUAUUUAAAGGUUAUUUAAACAAAUUUUUUAUGCAAUUCAUACUUACUAUUAACUUCCAAUUCGCAUACAAGGCCUUAUCUUACAUUGGUAAUCGCACAUUUUCAAUAAUUUAUUGCACAGAAGAAAAAUAAUAUAAAUUUUUAAUUUACAUAUAUUCAAAAAAAUUUGUAUGGUCAUAUAUAAAAACAAAAUGAUUUCACCAAAUACACCACAAAAUCCAUUUACAUCGGAUUUUUGAUCAA